AUGGGAGGUGGAAAGAGGGACGACGAACUUACAGUCAACGAGAAGCAGACAGCUAUGUUCAUCAUGCAAACCAUGUUCUGCCUUGCCGCCAUCCCCGUCAAAUGGGCCAUUUGUUUCACCUUACUCCGCAUCGCCAAUGGCAAAAAGGCAUAUGAGUGGUCAAUAUAUGCUAUUAUGGCGGCAGUCGCGUGUGUCAUGGCCUCGACGACUAUAUACGAGUUCUUCCAUUGCACUCCGAUUGCGAUGAACUGGAAGGCUGUAGAGGGCGGCACCUGCAAAGCGCAAAGCAACAUUACUGGAUUCAGUUUUGCGCUUUCUGCGGUUUCAAUCUUCUCGGAUUGGUUUUGCGCAAUUAUUCCCAUUCCACUCCUUUGGAACGUCCAGAUCGAUCUCCGCGUCAAGAUAUCUAUCAUCGCCCUCCUCGGCCUCGGUGUAUUCGCAUCAACAGCAGCCAUCGUUCGCCUCACCGUAACACUCAACCUCAGCGCGACAACAGACUUCCUCUACUACGCUAUGCCCGUAGCUGCAUGGGCGCAUGCUGAGCUUGGGCUUGGCGUUGUUCUUGCAAACCUUUCGGCCUUGCGUCCCCUUCUCGAGAAGAUGCUCGACCUUGGCUCGACAUUGCGCAGCAGCAAGAAGCGUACCGGCGAUCAGGCGUCUGGUGAUGCAUACAUGGAGCUUGAGGAGGGUAUCGGCAGUAAAAAGAGGACAACGUUGUCGAAGAGGCUGAGCGGGCGAACGGGAAUCAAAGCAGCUGCUGGUGUUGGAGAAGAUCUGGAUGGUACCUCAUCUCUAGGUGACGAUGAUAGGUCUACGCGCAACAUCAUGAGCCAACACGGGCCGCAUAACAUACAGAUAGACCAUGAGUAUGAGGUCAGCUACGAAAAAACGAAAGGACUUUUGGCGAUCAAGAUAUCGACUGUGCGAGAGGAGAAGCUAUGGCAGUCUAAGCUCUUGGUCCUAGAUACACUGACAGUCAUUUUCAUUUCCAUCUUAACAUCCCACGCCUUCUUCUCUCACCCCAAGGCAGUGUCCUCGUUGAACAAGAUGUCUCACCUUGACAGCAACAGUACUCCACCAGACAUCUCGUCCGAGAAGCACAUUCCAAAAUCCAGCACAUCUCCCAUUUCCCUCAAUCCUGAAGAAGCGGACCGACUACGAUCCGAGGCCCUUUCGACUGAUGUCUCCAAGCUACAAAAUGGUUACUUCCUCAGUGCAAGAAUCGUGGGCUCGUUCUCCGGAACUGGAAUCGUCGUACUUGCGACGUAUUUCCAGUUCCAAGCCUUAGCUGCUGCGAUAUCUUCCGUCAACGCCGACAUCGGGCCAAGCGCCAACGUUGCCCUCGUCAGUACGGUAUGGACCGUGUCGCAGCCUAUCUCUCUCUUGCUGUUUGGCCGACUCAGCGAUCGCUUUGGGCGCCGCAACUUUGCCUUGGGUUCCUGCGUGCUUGCGAUCAUUGGUGGUAUCGUCGCGGCCACAGCGCAAUCUAUCGAGACGUUGAUCGGAGCUGAAGUUAUCAUGGGCAUCGCAUCUGGAGUGCCAGCAGCCUAUCCACUUUUGGCUGGUGAGCUCGUGAGUAACAGGUACAAAUAUGUUGGUACUGCUCUAGUCGUCGUGCCAAAUGUAAUCGCAACGGGCUUUGGGGCAUACAUCGGCCUGCGAUUGGUUCAGGUCGCUGAUUGGCGAUGGAUCUUCUACAUAUACAUUAUGAUGAUGGUCCCCGGCGCUGUGUUGUGGUUCUUCUUCUACCAUCCGCCUUCCUAUACCCAGCUUCACGGCAAGAAGUCCAGCAAGAUCGCCGAACUUAAGAAGGUCGACUGGACAGGGGUCACCCUUUUGGUAGCUGGUCUGGCUCUUUUCCUGCUUGGCAUCUGUUGGGGCGGCCCUGCACAGCCGUGGUCAUCUCCAAGGAUCCUCGGUCUUUUGCUCUCGGGUGCAGUGGCCAUCAUCGCGUUCAUCCUCUACGAGGUCUUCCUACCGCCGGUGCAACCGAUCGUUCCAAUGCGCUUCUUCCGCGACAUACGUGGGUUCACCUGUCUGGAAGUCAUUUCCGCGACUUACGGUGUCAUCAAUAUCGCGCUUUUUGUCAUGUGGCCACAACAGGUUGUCUAUAUCUUUGGCUCCACUGUUAGUUCCUGGGAAGAGACCGCAUGGCUUUCAACAACAGCUGCAUUCGGUCUUUGGGGCGGAAUAGUCAUUCUCGGUCCUCUUAUGUCGUGGAUUGGCCACAUCAGAUACCAGAUCUUGGUGUCUUCGAUCUGGAUGACCGCUUUCCUUGGUGCAAUGGCCAGCAUCACGGUGGAAAACAAAGCUCGUGCGAUUGCCUUUUCGUUUCUGGCGGGUUGGACUAUUGGGUGGGGCGAGGUCAUCGCAGCGAUUGUCGUACAGUAUGUAGUCUCGGACCAAGACCUCGGUGUUGCGUUCUCUGUGAUCUCGGCAUCCCGCACUAUCUUCGGUUCCAUCUUCACGGCCGCAUUCAUCGCAGUGUAUACGAACAAAGUGCCGGGCUACCUUGCAUCGAUAGUACCGCAACGCGUUUUAGCAGAUGGACUACCGGAAAGCUCCUUGAGUGCGCUAAUGGCAGCUGCCGCAACCGCCAACCAGACAGCUCUUCUCGAAAUCGAUGGUAUGACACCGGAGCUGCUCCGCACCACCAACAUAGCUAUCAGCGAUGCUUACUCCAGAUCGUACGCUUACGUAUACUACUUUGCUGUCGCUAUCGGGAUGCUUGCAAUCGUCGCGUCACUGUGUAUGCGCGAUUUCGAUGGGUAUCUUACUGGUCAUGUCUCUAGACAGCUGUACCGCAAGAGAGACACCAGCACUGACCCAUUAGAAGCUAUCACGCAGGUAGCUGGUCAAGACCCAGUUCACGAUAGCGACGGUGCCACGAAGGCCUGA